AUGGAGGAAAUGUUCCGCACUGUCCAUCCAGGACUUGCGCGUCGAUUCCAAAUGGAGCAUGCCUUUCACUUCCCCGACUACGACGACUUGGCACUAACCAAAAUACUGACUAAAGCUGCAAAUGAAAGUGCAAAUAUAGCUCACAACACAGUCACCAACGCACAUUCAGGCGCUGUGCAGAACAUGCUCUCCACAGCUGUGCUGUGCAUGCAGAAAUGGCUGACACGCGAACGCACAGAGGCCUUAGCUGCCACUGUUGACUUUGGACCACGUCCAAAGCUGAGUGGAGACAUGCUUCUCCUGGAAGAUUUCAAUCUGGAGGAGGAAGAAGGCCCUGAUGAGCUUUUCUUGACAUCGCUUUUCCGGUAGGUAUAUUGUCAUGCCGUGUAUAUUCGGAUUGCUCACGUCAAUGUUGGCACAUCCG